GGUAAGAUGAAGACUUGAGGGGUGCAGCCUGCUAGGGACAGGCAAUAGUCAGCCUUAGUUCUGCUUCCCUCUGUGAAAUAGGCUAGAUUCCAGUUUCCCAUUUGCUUGGGGGUCGGGAGGUCUCUCCUCAAGGGAGACCUUGAGGCUUAUUUUUCUGUAGGAAAUAAGUUCCAUUUUGGUCUCAGGUUCCUUGCAUUUGGGGAGUGGGCUUAGGGUCUAGGGUCACAGUGGACCUCUUGUGGAAUAGGGAACAGGACUUGGGCUCAGGUCAGUGCCUGUCAGUGCCCCAUGAACAUGCGUUGCUGGGGGAUGGAUGUAAUAAUAAACAGAGAAGUGAUGGCCUUGAUACCCCUGGGGGAAAAUGUCUGGGAUAAAAAGAACAGCCUGAUCUCCCUCUCUAGGAUUCUAGAACUUCUACAUAUUGGAAUUCCAGCUGCCUUGCCUGAGGUUUUAAAAUCCUUACCCGGUAGAGAUAAAACCCAGGCCUUGAGCUCCAUUUCGGUAUAUGGGGAAGAGCAAUGACCCAUCCCUGUCAGUUUGUAAAUGUCCUACUUGUUUUCUCAGUGGACAGUGAACGUCUCACCCUGCUUCUGGGGGGCUUAACAGGCCUCGAUUUCUGGAAAGAGAAACUGAGGUCAAAGGAAGGCAGAGAGAGCCAGGGUCAGGACAGGAGGGCACGCAGGUACCUCACAGCUCGGAACGUUGUACUAGGGUCUCUUGAGGCCAUGAAGACACGACCCUUGUUGUUGCCUUCUUCGGGGAUUCCUCCAUGGGAGCCCCUUUUUCCCUGCUACCCUCCUGCCCCCCGGAAGUGCAGAGGCCCAGGAGCUGCCUGCCGGCACCAGUUGCACGGGAUUAGUUCAGGGAAGGACUUGCUCACCUGCUCCUCCCCUCUGACUCAAGUCAUAACAAGUAACCUGGUUCCCCUGGCCCGGCAGCCUGGGAGGGACGGCAAGGCAGGCAGGUGAGCCGAGACGGAUGGCCAGCAGCCCCGUCUGCUGGAGAGAGAGCACAGGCCUGUGGCUUGGGAGACCCUGAGGCGACAUGCAAGGGCCCUGCGCCCCCUGACUGGAAGCAGGGGCUGUUUCUCAAACUCCUGGACAAAAGCCCAGAAGCAGUCAUCCCAGAGAGCACCCAGCAUCAGCCUGGGGCCACCGGGAAGAUCAGUGCCUCCCCUUUGACGCUGGCAGUGAGAGGCUGGGCUGAGCUGCGAGAAGGGGCAGCUGGCGGAGACAGGAGGCGUGCUAAGCUGGGGAAACUCCAGGCUACCUACACAUCCUGGCCCAGGCUGGUCACGGUAUCCCCCCUCCCUGCUCUGUGCCUUCUCCUUCCAGAAAUCCACCAUGGAGAGUAAGGAUGAGGUCAGUGACACCGACAGUGGCAUCAUCCUGCAGUCUGGCCCUGACAGCCCAGUCUCCCCAAUGAAGGAGCUGGCCCACGCAGUGCACAAGCAGCAGAGGGCCCUGGAGGCGAGGCUGGAGGCCUGCCUGGAGGAGCUGAGGAGACUCUGCCUGCGGGAGGCGGAGCUGACGGGCACCUUGCCAGCGGAGUAUCCCCUCAAACCAGGGGAAAAGGCCCCCAAGGUUCGCCGCAGGAUCGGAGCAGCUUACAAACUGGAUGACUGGGCCUUGCACAGAGAGGACCCCCUAAGCAGCCUGGAGCGCCAGCUGGCCCUGCAGCUGCAGAUCACAGAGGCAGCCCGUCGGCUGUGCCUGGAGGAGAAUCUCAGCAGGCAGGCUCGGCGGCAGCGGAAGCACUCCAUGCUGCAGGAGGAGAAGAAGUUGCAGGAGCUCCAGCGCUGCCUGGUCGAGCGGAGGCGCAACAGUGAACCACCUCCGGCUGCUGCUCUCCCCCUGGGCCGAGAGCUCAGUGCCUCUGAUGACAGCUCCCUGUCAGAUGGGCUCCUCCUGGAGGAAGAGGAAUCCCAAGUGCCAAAACCUCCUCCAGAGUCCCCAGCCCCACCUUCUCGGCCUCUCCCACCCCAAACCCUUGAGGGUCUGCAGCCAACAGAACCUGAGCCUGGGGGCCCGGAACGGGCUCCAGUCCAGAACAGCCCCUGGAAGGAGACCAGCCUGGACCACCCCUAUGAGAAGCCCAGGAAAUCUUCUGAGCCCUGGAGCGAAUCCAGCAGCCCAGCCACCACGCCACAGGAUGGGCCCAGUGCCUCUAGCCUGUGGCUUCUGGAGCCUGCCUCCUACCACAUGGUUCCCAUCCGUGGUGUUCCUGGCCAGUGGCAGGGCCGCACCAGUGCCCCAGCCACCCCCGAGAUGCAGGGGAGGAGGGGCCAGUCGCAGUCUCUGAGGGUGGAUUCCUUCCGGGCGGGUCCUGAGGGCCGAGGUCGCAGCGCCUUUCCCCGCCGCCGCCCCACUCACUACACGGUGACAGUGCCAGAGUCCUGCUUUCCCGCGACCAAGCCCCCGCUGCCCCACGCCUCCUGCCACUCCUGCUCAGAAGACAGUGGCUCUGACAUCUCCAGCAUCUCCCACCCCACCUCACCGGGCAGCAGCAGCCCCGACAUCUCCUUUCUGCAGCCUCUCUCCCCUCCCAAGACCCAUCGUCACCGCGGGGCCUGGGGCCCAGCCGGCAGCAGAGAGCUGGUCGCCCACCACCCCAAGCUACUGCUGCCACCUGGCUAUUUCCCGGCGGGGCGGUACGUAGUGGUGGCUGAGAGCCCCCUGCCGCCUGGCGAGUGGGAGCUGUGCCGCGGAGCCCCGGGCCCCACCUACGAGGAGGAGGGCACUCCCCUGCGCUACCAGCGGCUGGUGCCCUCCCGCAGCCGCAUUGUGCGGACGCCCUCCCUGAAGGACAGCCCGGCAGGCCGGGGGCUCAGUAAGGCCGCAGUGUCCGAGGAGCUCAAGUGGUGGCACGAGCGUGCACGCCUCCGGAGCACCCGCCCCCACUCACUGGACCGCCAAGGAGCUUUCCGAGUCAGGAGCCUGCCCCUCGGGAGAGAGGGCUUCGGGCGAGCCCUGGGACCCCGGGCACAGGUGCCCACAGUGUGUGUGCUGCGGAGAUCGCCUGACGGGGCCCCUGUGCAAGUCUUUGUACCUGAGAAAGGAGAGAUCAUCAGCCAAGUGUAACUCUGCGCCCCAUGCUGGGAAAGACUGUUUCAUAGAGGGGUCUCGACCCCCCACCCCUGAGUGCCUCUUUCAGCUCCCCCAUCCCCAUCGCAGGCCGAUGACCUGGAGCUGAGACCUUUUAUGUUUUUUUUGUACACGACUUUUUUCAGAAGCCUUGACCUAAGGAUUUAUAUAUGUGGAUUGUCCUCAAGACCCCUGUGAUAUGAUUAUGCUUUAUCCCCCAGAGUUUAGCCUACUGGACUUAAGGCCUUGCCUGUCUGACUGACAGCCUCUAUCUCCUUAUGCAAGACAAGUGGCAGGGGAUGAGUGAAGCAGAGUGGGCCACCUUGGGAGUUCUCCAAUGCUCUGUGCUCUGGUUCUAAGAACUUCCCUGGGGAACUGCCCCGGCCCUCCUGUCCCACUAUUGCUGGAGGCUGGACAUGGUACAUACAUGGUACAUGAGAGUCAUGCACAUGACUCUUCCCCAUUUCCCAGGUCUCUGAGUACCCCAGCCUGGGAUGGGGGAGAAUCCUUUCCCCUUUUCUAAUGUGCUCUGUGAUGCACACACCAAGUGGUAGGUCAAAGGUCAGUAUAUCCUGGUGGUGUAUUGUCUUGCUAGACUUUCCUAUUUUCCUGACCCCAUAAAUCCUCUUUAGGGACCCAGUCACUAUACCCUGUCUAUGCCCUGUGGGCUCCUAGACCUCUGAGCUUUGAGUCAGUGGCAUCAUGGUUUGUAGCCUUAGGGAGUCCGGCGGCGAACUGGUCCAUGCUGGUGCUUAGUGGGCACCUUUUGACAGCCACCUCUGGGCAUCUCAAGGGCUUGCAGUCCCAUUGCUCCUUCUAACAUUUUGUUUGUUUGUUUUUGAGAUGAAGUCUCACUCUGUCACCCAGGCUGAAAUGCAGUGGCAAGAUUUCAGCUCACUGCAACCCCUGUCUCCUGGGUUCAAGCGAGUCUCCUGCCUCAGCCUUCCGAGUAGCUGGGAUUACAGGCAAGUGCCACCAUGCCUGGCUAAUUUUUGUAUUUUUAGUAGAGAUGGGGUUUCAUCAUGUUGGUCAGGCUGGUCUCAAACUCCUGAUCUCAAGUGAUCUGCCCACCUUGGCCUCUCAAAGUGCUGAGAUUACGGGCAUGAGCCAUCGCACCCGGCCCUUCUAACAUUUUUUCAUCGUAGUCCCAAAAACCAAUACUUUACAAGUGGUUUUGGAAAGGCACCACUUUUGUGGCAUGUUCUGGUUGGGGGAGGGAGUCACAGUUCCUACUGCCCCCACCAGCUAUGCUUCUGCUCUGAGAAGGUGCUUAUUUAUACCAACAUGGACAUACUUACUCCCAAGGACUGAUGAGAUGCUGAAUUUUCUUUGAGGGCAUUCAUUAUUUGUCCCAGUUGCAGUGGCUGGGUGGAAGCUGCAUGUGCUAAGACCACCCAGCCAUCCCUGGGUUCUCAUCCUAGGGCCUUCUUUGCUUCCAGGUCAGGGGACCUGCUUCAAUGAGAAAGCAACUGAGUUGAGGCUAGGAGAGGUAGGGAGAGCUAAGUUCUGGCUUUACCUGUGCAGAACUCUGCUCCUAUGUUACCUGGACUGGAACAGACUGUGAGUAUAGCAGAAGGUUCAGCCUCUGGUGUCUGACCUAAAAGAGGCACAGUUCUUCCUACUGGAAAGAAAACGGUGUAGCUGAUUGCACAAGGGUGCCAAGGGAAGACCCAGAAUGGCCCAUCAAAGGAACCUGUGGGAGGACGCAGGAGGCUGAAGGGAUGCACCUGGCAUUUCUCUCACUGUGCUCUUACUGCAUCAGCAACCCCCAACUUUUGGGCCUACUCUGCCCCUCAUGUGUGAAUACCCUGCUUGGAUGCUGUGCUUUUCUGGUUUGUCUCUAAGCCCCUUUCCCCAGGGUAUGUUGGUUUCCCUGGUCUCUCAGUGUCCUAACUGGAGCCCAGAGCGCCUUGAUCUGAACCAGGAGAUGGCUGAGCACUGGCCUUCCACACCUAAGCGUCCUUUACAUUAACUUAUUGGUCCUGUAUAACACCUGGUGCCAUUGCCAAGUGGCUGUGUCCUCAGCUACAGAGCUGGAAUUGUGUGGGGUUUAGUGCUAAAUACUUCAAUAAAGUCUGUUUUUUGUGAUUGGCUGA